GCCGAUGACGGGCUUCACGCAGAGGGCCACCAUCGACCCCGAGCUCAACGAGAUCCACGUCCUGUCGGGGCUCAGCAAGGACAAAGACAAGCGAGAGGAGAACGUACGCAACUCCUUCUGGAUCUACGACAUCGCCCGCAACAACUGGUCUUGUGUGUAUAAGAACGACCAGGCAGUGAAAGAAAACCCGAGCAAGGCUCUUCAGGAGGAGGAGCCGUGUCCACGCUUUGCACACCAGCUGGUCUACGAUGAGAUGCACAAGGUGCACUACUUGUUUGGUGGAAACCCCGGGAAGUCUUGUUCUCCUAAGAUGCGUCUGGACGACUUCUGGUCCCUCAAACUGUGUCGGCCCUCCAAGGAAUAUCUGCUGCGCCACUGCAGAUAUCUGAUCAGGAAAUACAGGUUUGAGGAGAAAGCCCAAUCGGAGCCCCUGAACGCGCUGAAAUACCUGCAGAACGACCUCUCGCUCACCGUGGAUCACACCGACCCCGACGAGACCAAAGAGUUCCAGCUCCUGCCCUCGGCUCUCUUCAAGUCCAGCUCUGAUUUCAUCCCACUGGGUUUCUCAGACGUGGACCAGACGUACGCUCAGAGGACGCAGCUCUUCGACACGCUCGUCAACUUCUUCCCCGACAGCAUGACUCCUCCCAAGGGCAACCUGGUGGACCUCAUCACGCUCUAACCCCAAAUACCUCGCCCACCCACCGGAGGAGGCAGAGACCACUUAUUUUUCUAUUCCUGAACCUUCCUGUGAGAUUUCAUCAUCAUCAUCAUCAUCAUCAUCAUCAUCAUCAUCAUCAUCAUCAUCAUCGAGCUGCUGUCAGUCUGCGCCCCCUGCUGGUGAGCCUCGAGAACACACACUUUUACAAACACUGGUGUGAGGGAAACUCGCAGAACUCACUGAGGUGUGUGUGUGUGUGUGUCUCUAAACACACGAUGUCCCACCAUACCUUUUUUUUUUUUUUUGCUGGUUUCUUGGAGCACGCAAAAUCUUUUCCCACCUCAGAAAGGUAAUGGCCAAAAAGGAGAAUUUGCACGCAUUUGUUUUCAAUCUUUUUAUGGUAUUUUUUUCAAUAACUUUUGAGCUGUGUCCACAUAUUUCGGAGAUGAUGUGUUCAGGUCGAUUCCCAGUUCAACUCCACUGGCUGUUAAUUGAUUUGAAGGCAGAAGUGUGUGACCGUGAAACAGGAAGUGGCUUCCCAACUCUUCUGUCCCUUCGGUCACAUUUCAGCAUCUCCCGCCAAACCUUCAUUUGGAUUAUCUGUUAAGCUUGCUUUUCUGCAACAUAUGCCCCCUAUUUGUGAUCGUGUCAGCCAUGCAGAGGCUAAAAAAACAAUUGAAUAGUGUUGUAGUUACAAUAGAGGAAUGAUUCUAUGAGAUUGAAUUUAAUAUAUAUCUAAAUAUACCUUUUUUAUAUUCCUUUCGGUUGUUAUCCCUGUCAAAUUGGUUGGUAAAUGUGCAUAUAUACUACACAGGACUCGAGGCAAAGUAACAUUUAUUUUCCUCAGUAGUUAAUGGACUUCAUUCUAAGGUUGUACAGGAUAUGUAAAUAUACAUAUUGAAGAUUUCUGGCAUUGGACGCAACCUGUGCUGGAUUUUUUUAUUUGUUCCUAUUUACCAAAAAAGUCAGGGUCCACAAACAAUCCUCAUUUCACUUAUUGGGAGGUAUUAAAGCAGCCGGUGUGCGUUUGUAAAUGAAGUGCUGGUGCCAGUUUGAGAGUGGAAAGGGCAUUUUGAGUUGUUUAAAAAAAAAAAAAAAAAAGCUUCCCUAGUGUGAUGACAUUGUGGGUUUAAUUUCCUUUUUAUCCCCCACUGAAUUGGGUAAACAGAUGUUUUUCUUAUUUAAUGAUGCAUUUAAAACUCUACUCGGCCAACUUGUCCGCACAAGUGAACUUAUAAGUCCCAUUUAAUACGGUUAUUUAACUUUUGUUAUGCACUUGUUGAAGCUGAAGGAGCAUACUGGUGUCUUGCAGGUGAAAUUUAAGUUUGAAAAAGUAAAGUUAAAGUGAGCCUAUGUGAUAAUGGGAAGAACUGAAAUAUCCAACUACAGUGAAGGUAACAUUAGCCACCGUUAGCUUCUGGUCGUUCCGGACAAAUGUGAGAUUAUAUUCUGCUGCUUCGUUGAAAUCAGGGGGUUGGAAAACAGACAUUUGCUUGCUUACAGAGAAGAUCAAGACUACUCUUUUUCAUGCAUGCUAAGUGUGAGGCUACCACUAGCUGUUAGCUUAGCAUAACAACUGGAAACCUUUAGCCUGGCUCAGUCCAAAGGCAAUCUAAAGAUCACUUAUUAACACAGUGACAACAAGACUCUAGGUAACUGAACUUGAUCGUCAUAUAACUUAAGAAAACUUUUUCUAACACCACACCUUAUGAUAUUUUUACAUUACGUGGUUAAUUAUUGAGCUUUGAAGGAGCUACAUCAGUGGCUAUUUUUACUUUUGAUAGUCUCAAUCUUCUCACCUGGUCCUCUGCAAUUUCCUAACAUUAUUCCAACUAUUCCUUUAAGAGCACAUGACUAGUAGCUAAAGUGUUGAAAAAAUGACAGCUCAAAAAAAUAGUGCUAUGGUCCUCUUUAAGAGUCAGACAUGAACUCAACAUUGCCUACACAAAUACCUGAAUAGGAUGGAAAAUGCAUCCAUUAGCUUCUCUUGCUUUCUGCAGCUUCCAAUUCAGAAUAUUCAUAUUGAAACUUUAACAAAACACUUGGACUGUAGUAGACAUUUUUGACAUCUAAAUCAUCCUGCUGGUGUGUUCACUGACACUGGAGGUAUGUAGUUAUUUCAUACAUCAUCAGGGAGGUGUCCUGCUACUCAGACACAUCCCAUUUGAUUCUCUAAAUGAAUCAUGAGGAAAGUUGAACCUGUAACUAUGGAGACGUUGCUUGAAUAAUACUCCUAACAUUUGGGAGGGUUUUUUGCGUUCAUGUUUUGUUGGAGGAGGAUGUCAUACGAGUUGCUGCUGCCCUGAAACACACUCAAUGGAAACAGAUUGGUGAAAAGGACACCAGAGAAAAGCAUAAGUUGUAUUAGAACAUUAAAAUGCUAAUUAUUUAAGAUUUGACAACAUUUAGAAGUGCUCAUCACGCUUUACUUUGUGACGUUAAAAAGAAGAAUUAAAAGCGCCUUUUUGUUAGAAAAAAACCACAAUGCCAAAUAAUACUUGCUAAUUUAGAGUAAAUAUCUUCCACGCAGCAAUGUUUGACGGAUGAAAUGUUGUUUUAAUUAGAUUUUUCUUUCCGUUUUGCCCGUCUCUCGACCCCUGGGUGGGAGUUUUAAGGCUGGUACACUCAGAUCAGUGAAUGUGUAGAAAAACCUUGUAGUAUUGCAUUGUAUGUACUGUAUAUAAGGAAUAAAGAUUGUAUUUUGUUCAGGUU